AUGCCAUCUUCGCCGCAACCUGCACAGGAUGGCGACGGUAUAGGGAACAAGCGGAAAAGAGACGAUCAACCACCAGACUCUUCUUCGAAGCGAGCUGCUCCUCAAGCCUGCCUGUCCUGUCGAAGCCGUAAAGUCCGCUGUGAUGUAACCAUACAAGGCCAGCCAUGUACCAAUUGUCGCCUUGAUAACCUGGGUUGCGUACUUGGCAAGCCUCGUAGAGCUGUAACGAACAGGACAGGGAACAGAACAUCUGAGCGGUCGAAUGCCGGCGAAGACUUUCCUGUCUCUCUCACGUUUGAAGGUCUAGAAGAUGUUUCACAGGACGAUGCUAUGCAGGGAGACAGCGACAACAUCCCCGGCGUCGCCCCCAUUCAGCUACCUCUGAAUCCGCCUGGCGACUGCACGCAGACGCUGCCACAGUACAUACGGCCUCUUCCGCCGCAUCUAAAACCCAUCGAUACGGAAUAUCUUACCGGCAAAGGCUGCCUGAGGAUUCCCGACGAUGACCUCCAACGCGAGCUGUUUCGGCUUUACAUACUAUACGUACAUCCUUUCAUGCCAGUAGUCGACCUACCAGACGUUCUCUCGUCUGUGGCCCGGCGUGAUGCCAGCUCGCAAGUCAGCCUACUUCUCUUCCAGGCCAUCAUGUUUGCUGCCGUAGUCUACAUUGACUCCGAAUACUGUACCGAGAGGGGGUACGAGAAUCGCAAGGCAAUGCGAAAGGAGUUCUUUGAGAAAGUUCGCCUUCUUUACCAUCUCGAUACAGACCCCGAUCGCAUCGCUCGUCUACAAGCCCUUCUUCUGAUGACAUACUGGUACGAGAGGGCUGAUGACGAAAAGGACACUUGGCAUUGGACAGGGAUAGCACUGUCGCAGAUUCAUGUUAUGGGGAUACAUCGGAGUCCCGAGCAACUUGGCAUCAGCCCCAAAGCGAAACGUGGACGUAAGAGGAUCUGGUGGUCUUGCUACGUACGGGAUCGACUUCUAGCGUUGGGUAUUCGGAGACCGGCUCGGAUAAGGCCCGAUACGUUCAACGUCCCUGAGCUGACAAUAGGGGACUUGGAUAUGGAGCCCUUCGAUGAUGCUGUCAUAAGUUUCCUCGGGAACCCGCAGAUGAUAGACUCUGCAACUCAGAGGGGUCUGAUGCUGUGCUUUCUCGAGCUGACAAAACUGUGCGUGCACAUCGGGGAUAUUCUGUUCAGUCAGUAUUCAAUCCUGAACAACGACAUCUCAAAGGUGGAUGAAAAGAUCACUAUGAUGGUUGUACCCAAGAAAUCCGCCCAGCAGAUGCAAGACAUGGAGAAGUGCGACCUCAAGCUGCGCGACUGGAUACAGAAUCUGGAAUCACUUUGUCGUUAUAAGGCGGGCCAGUCUCGCGAAACAACACAAAGUCACUCAGCCUUGCAUCUGCAUCAGGCUCUAUUGCACAUGAUAUACCUCACUUCAACAGCCAUUCUUCACCGCCCCCAGGCACAGCGGUUGGACGACAGUUCCGGGAAUGAUAUAACCACCAGGAGGUCCGCCGAUAAGAUUGCUGAUGCCGCUGGAGGCAUCACCCAAGUUGCAUAUGACUUGCACCAGGGAGACCAACUACGGUUCGCGUCCACCUCGGCCAUUCCUGCACUUCUAUCUGCUAUACUGAUACACCUCAACGACAUUGCCUCCUCGCGGCAAGAUGCUCGCUAUGCUUCUAUCGGCCAGUUCUAUCAGUGCUGGCAGGCUAUACAGUCUCUUAGGGAUAUGUACGCCUCUGCAGAUCACGUCAUAUGGUUUCUUGAAGCUGUUAUUCAGCGAACCAAUGUCAACAUCCCAAUGCUGAGCCUGGCUCCUUCAAAGAAUUCGAGACGACGAAAACCUUUGCAAAGAAAGCAGCAGGUCAGAAAAGGCGAUAUAGAGACUGUUAUGGGUAGUCAGGCUACUAAAGUCAGGGAUAGAACAGCGUUGAACCCGCCAAACUCGCUGAUUACACCGGAGACUACGGGGGCCGUAGGUGUCGGUACACAGUCCCUUGGAGAAAGCUCGACACUACUACCCAUAGAUGCCGGCAACAUGGAGAAUCAAUUCUUCGUUGAUCCAUGGACUGACUUCGACGCCGAGGCAAACCUUUUGCAAGCCUUGGUUCACUUUGACGCCGAUCCUAACUUCUUUCCUGUCACCAAUAUGGGGCCACAGCAGAGGGAAAUAUUGCCCUUGCAGAGUACAUAUUAUUAA